AUGGCCGGUCACACGUCUGUGCAGACCAGCGUGACAAAGUUCCCUCUCUCUGGGAGCCGCCCCGAAUGCCGACAGCGCAACGACGCCGGAGCCGCCAGCAUGUGCCUGUGCAGGCCCUUUGCAGCCACCGCAGCCGAAAGCCGCCAGACGCUCAAUUCUUGUUCAUCAUCGGCUUGUCGCACGUCAUCCGCAUUCGAUCCGCCUCGACUCAACCCUCUCGCACCGCUUCUCCCCCCUCUUCUCCCGACGACCCAUAUAAAUACGCAUUCGGCCUUUGCACAACGCCUGGUCGAAAACACUCUCUGCGAUCGAGAUUCAUCGUCAAUUGGCUGCGCUGCACUUCCGGAGACGAUUGGAUUUGGUAAUUGCCAGAGUCCAAGCAUCAUUAGCCGGCAAUUUGACCAACUGCCGCAUCCUCUUCUUGGCUCUCUUCACAACAACAUCAACAACAACAACCCUGAGCUCGCCAUUAUCGCGCACCCACCGCUCGACACCUUCGAGCAACUCUACCCGGUAGCGAUGCCCUACCGCCUGGACACACACGUGUUAACAGUGGAUGCGAACGUCAUUCACAAGGUCGACACCGGCAACCCUGCCAAUCUGUAUUCUAUGUGGACAGUCUUCUCCCGCUGUGCCGAUUCAGUAGAGCAAGGCCGCCGACUAGAGAACCUGAGCUGGAGGCUUUGGCAGCGAGAGCAGCUCAUCGACAGCGCCCACAAGACAUCACCGGUCCUGUCAGCCCCCGCAGCGCCCCGAGCCAUUCCCUCAGAGGCCAAACUUCCCGAGCUCCCUCAACUCUCCGGCAGCGUCGACUCCCUUGUGGACGAGGACGCUCUCGACUUCAACUGCGUAUCAGCUCCCCUGGAGAUCCGCCCCAGGAUACAGCGACUGGACUCUUCCGCCAGCCGACGGGAUCGCCACAUCAGCUCCGACGACUUUGAGAAGAUGGUCGUCUCCAUUGUCAAGGACAAGGCUCCCCUUUCCGCCCCCUCCCAAGCCUCUCUGAGCAAGCCGGUCGAGUCCAUGACCCGAUCUGGCUCUACCACCACCGAAUCCCGCUUCUCCGAACAGCCCUCUGAGGUCUCCCUGGCAUCCGAGAUGGAGUCCUCGGCCCCCAAAGACCUGCCCGUCUUCCAAACCACCCUCCCUCCCAAGCCCUCCGCCUCCAACGACGACUGCCUUCCCGAACCCAGCUCAUCACCCGCCCACAAGCCCGUCCAGUCCAAGAAGCAGCCCGCCAAGUUUUCCCUUGGUGGCGUCUCUUACUCGUCGAGCGAGUGUGACCAGCAGAGCGUCGACGCUCGCAAGUCUCUCAUGGCUCCCCCCAAGAAGCCCACCUUCCAGCUUGGUGGAUCCUCAGAGGAAGACAGCUCCGUCGCCAGCGGCCGCCGUGCCCUGCCAUCCGCGGCGAAGCAGACGUCGUUCAGCAACAACAACAUCACCCACCACCUCGAUGCCGAGUCUGCCAUUGACUCCGACACCGAGGGCGAGUACGUUGACGAGAGCGCCAUUGACGACGAUGACGACUCCUCUGACUGGGAGGACUCCAUCGACGAGAGCGGCAAGCCCAGCGUUGAUGAGAAGUUCUUCCAGCGCGUCCCGUCCAAGGCUAACCUGACGUCGCGACCAUCGCUCAUCACCCUGAUGCUUGCGCAGAACGACCGCGCCAUGAACCUCGGCAACCAGGCCUCCCAGUCCACUUCGGCUCUCUCCAGGACACGGUCUGCCAUGAACGGGCCCUCCAUGGCUGGCUCGCCCAACGACUCCGACGAUGGUCCCCUCAUGAUGAAAGGCAUGCGCCAGUCAACACUCAAGCCCAUCAAUGAGAUUCCCCGAUCCACUGCCCAGCCCAUUGCCGCGACGGCCAACCACGUCCACGCUCAGGCUGCGCUCUCUCCCCGCACCACCCGCCGCAACAUGCUUGCCACCGAGCUCACCGAGUCUCUUCGCCGCCACCUCCUCUGGGAGCGACAGCAGAAGUCGUCCACCGCCAACGCUGUCCUCAAGCGCCGCCACACAUCGCACGAUGUGGCCAACCUGAAGCAGUACCCAGAGAGGCCGUGCUUGAAGCAGAGCGAGGAUGUCAACGCGAGCAGCUGGAACCAGUACUUCACCAAGGAGGCCAACAACGGCUACCACUCCAAGGGCUGGUAA